CUGUGCCUGGAGGGAGGACCGGCGCUCCUCACCCGCUCCACCUCCCUCACUCGCUCGCCGGCACCUCCUCGCGUCAACACAACCUCAACCAUCAACAGAUAAUCUCCCUCAGAAAUAAUAAUUAGUUUACACGACUUCACUAUUGAUCUCCCAAGCGACAUUAUAUAUCCUGUCUCGAGAAACUCGUUUGUAAAUAAUUUCUGGGAAAACUUGGCUCUAAUUAGCUACUUUGCUGAGAAUCAACCAGUGGGUCCUUCAAUCAUUCUUAAACAACCCUGUAAUUUUCGGAGAGGAGUUUGUUUACAAACUGGACUCUCCUGACCUCAGAGCUCCAGUUGUAUGGUGACCCCAAGGUUACUUUAGGAUGAUCUGUGACCUCGGAUGACCCCGGAACUGUUUAGCGAGUGUUACCACAUAGAGGGGGACCUAACUGCGACCGCCAGUGAGUGAAUAGUGUUAAUGAAAACUAAUCCUUAACGUGCCAUACAAUAUGUGCCAAAAUGAUGAGUGUUGUGAUUCGUGUGUUGAACAUGUGUGUGUUUGAUGGUUUUAAUUAUAUGUACAAGUAAAUAUACCACUUAGAAAAGUCACUGGGAAAAAAAAAACUUAUAGCAAAUUGAAGUCAGCCUUUAUAUCCCAAAAAAUAAAUUAUAGAAGGUUGCUUUUUAUUAAUGCGAGACCAGCAAAUUAGGUACAAUAGCGAGCAAUUGAUGGUGUUAUGAUGGCAUAGAACUAUGGUGAAGUGAUCUUCAUAGUGAAGCUUAGGGACGUGUUGUUCACGUCAGCCAGAGGACGAGUGAGGGAACAAGUCCCUGAACUAGUAGGAGGGAACUAGUUCCUGAACUAGUAGAAUGAAGCAUCUACCGUGAAAGAAAGGUCCACGAAACCUCUCAUAGAAAACGCGGAAGUAAUUUGCAUGAAAGACAGACACAAACACAACGUCUUCCUGGAGAGCUCAAGAAUAAUAUAAGGAAAAAGAAACAUUCUUACUAAGAAGAGCAGCCACAGGAACCAGACACUAUAACAACACACCAUGUUCCCCUUCAGAAGUGUGUCUCGGACGCCGGAACAGGUCGCCUCUCCCAUGCUGGCACUCGUGAUAGAGUUGACCCCAAACAUCUUAAACCACUGAGAAAUUAGGAGUGCCAAUAUAUGCCUGACGGUAUGCGCACCUCGCCUACCAGUGAAAUCAAGUUGUUUACGCAGAGAAGCGCUUUAAAGCACAUCAACAGAAGGCUCCUGGUCAGCGAAGAUGCUGUAAGCUCUCUUCCUAAUCGUAAGUCAACAUCUGUCUUCCGAGAUUCGUGACGCUUAAUUUUAUCUCAAAGGAGAUUGUAAGACACACUUGUCCCCACAGAGGGUUCUGAAGGACACCCCAGCCUUCCUGGGGUUUAAUAGGAUCACCCCAGCGCUCCUGGGGGUUUUCAAGAACACCGUCCCAGAGAACUGGGGCUUCAUAACAUCACCCUAGCCCUUGCGCAGUCCUUACGAACACCGGAGCCUUUCUAGGGGCUCUAAAGAACGCUCCAGCCCUUCAAGGGGGCUCCAAAGAACGCUCCAGCCCUUCAAGGGGCUCAAAAGAACGCUCCAGCCCUUCAAGGGGCUCAAAAGAACGCUCCAGCCCAUCAAGGGGCUCUAAAGAACGCUCCAGCCCUUCAAGGGGCUCAAAAGAACGCUCCAGCUCUUCAAGGGGUUCUAAAGAACGCUCCAGCCUUUCAAGGGGCUCUAAAGAACGCUCCAGCCCAUCAAGGGGCUCUAGAAAACGCUCCAGCCCUUCAAGGGGCUCUAAAGAACGCUCAAGCCCUUCAAGGAGCUCUAAAGAACGCUCCAGCCCUUCAAGGAGCUCUAAAGAACGCUCCAGCCCUUCAAGGGGCUCUAGAAAACGCUCCAGCCCUUCAAGGAUCUCUAAAGAACGCUCCAGCCCUUCAAGGAGCUCUAAAGAACGCUCCAGCCCUUCAAGGGCUCUGAAGAACACACCAGCCCUCAGAGGGAGGGGCUCUCAAGAACACACCGGCCCUCAGAGGGGUUCGUAAGGAUGGCACCGCCGGAGGGAGUGCCCAAGUGAGGGCCACAGGCGUCAGAGUGGCAGCUGUCAGGAUGGACGGAUGUUCCAGCACAACCAGAAGGUCACCGCGUCCAUCCCCUGUGGUGGGCCGAAGGGCCGAGUCGGCCACAGGGUUAGAUUCCGGAGUGGAGGACACGGCCAUGGCCACCACUGGACCCCUGAACCCCACCACCCCGGGGGCCCUGAGUUCUACCUCAGUGACCCCAGGAAUGAUCCUGGGGCCACAGGGCGUGUACUGGCCAGCUCUGAGGGACCAUCCACCGCCCGUGCCGCCACAGCUGCUGAAGAAACUCGCCUGCAAGGAAACUUCCAGCAUUGGCAAGGUGAAGGUGCUGCUGAGAGUGGCGGCGUCCUCUGAGGUGGGUCAGUCAUCGAAGGUGCUCAGUGUCGAUCCACGGAAGAAAACAGUGACCUUGUUUGACCCUGGCUCGGCCGUCCACCCGACCUCGGCCCACACUGAGGAGUCGAGAGUGGGCAUCGCCGCUCCUAAGAUGUUCGCCUUCGACGGGAUCUACACCUACGAGGAUUCUCAGACGGAGGUGUGUUCAGCGUCGCUGACGGAUGUGAUCGUAGCCGUGUUGAGGGGAGCAGACGGGGCCGUCUUCAGCUUCGGUCAGCCCAAUCUCGGUCAAGGGUACACUAUGCUGGGUGGAGGAGAGAGCUGCCACAGCCUGGGAGUGAUGCCGUCGGCUGUGUGGUGGCUCUACAAGGCUCUUCAGGACCACCGCACUAACACCGGCGCCCGCUUCUCUGUCAGGAUCUCCGCCCUGCAGAUUGCUCCGGGAGACGUGGUCACUGAUCUCCUGGCGCAGUAUGCUCAGGGAGAACAGUCUCCGGGCGUGUUCCUGAUGGAGGACUCAGGCACGUCGCUGCUGCUGGCCCACGCAGCAGAGGUGCGGGCGCCGACUGUGGAGAGGGCCGCCCAGCUCCUGGACGCCGCCCUCGCCCACAGGCACGUCGACGAGCAGGGUCGCCACGCCCACCUCGUCUUCACCCUCAACAUCUACCAGUACUCCGUGGACACCUCGGCGAAGGGAGGAGUUGCUGGAGGCAGGAGUCGGCUUCACCUGAUGGACUUCGGGGCGCUGGAGCGAGGCAAAGGCCCUUCCAGACUCACCUUGUCUUCUCUCGGCAACGUUAUUCUCGCUAUCUUCAACGGCCAGAAACACCUGCCUUACAAGGACGGGAAGCUGCCCCGGCUGCUGCGUGAGUGUGUCGGGUCCGUGAGGUGCGUGGCGGCCAUGUUGGUCCACGUCUCCCCGGCCUCUGCCCACUACCAGGAGACUCUGGCCACCAUCCAGCUGGCCUCCAGAGUCCACAGACUCAGACGGCGACGCAUCAAGCCCCAUAUGGGUGGGUCAGGCUCCGGCGGGUCAUCUGAGGAGUCGAGGUCAGGAAGGUCAUCACGUGGGACCCUUACUGACACCGGCGGCUCCUCCUCCGUCGACCCUUCCUCCUCCGAACAGUCGUGUGAUACAGUGAUUUACGUGGGUCCUCAUGCUGACGACGCUACAGACGGCGAACACCCACCUGUCUAUCUCCCGUCAAUAAACUCUGGGGACAACCGUUGUUCCAUGAAUAAAGCUCUCAGGGGCUCGGCUGUGGACGGCACUUCUAAAAUGGACUCACAGAGGACUCCUAAGAAGUCCUCUAAAGUCUCAGGAAGUAGUAAAAGUCCCUCGAAGCCAAGUAAACACUCUGGGAGCAAAGAUGGUGCCCAUUCCUCUCCCCACAGGACGAAAGACCCCCACAAGAGUCGAGAUGGUGUGAGCGGUAGUGGUGCGGUAGGUAGUGGUGGAAGUUUGCCUAGAACUCCUACGAAAUAUUCUUCUUCUGGUGCUAAACUAUCAGGUGGUGCUACCCCCAAGUCCCCUAAAUCUCCCCACGUCUCAAGACACAGCAGACACAAAGCGACGCCGGGUGCGACGCCGCAUGCGGACGCCAGCGGGGCUCAGAGCCAACAUGGCGGCGGCAGCGAGGAACACUGGAUAGAUGGACCUAGGUUUCACAGAGCCAAAGUGUAUGACGGUCACAAAAUGAAGAGUUACGAGAUGGAAACGUGGAUAGACGGGCCGGAGGCGACCUACGGUUACAUGGACGACCACAAGAAGUCUAUGAUUCAAAAAUGGGUUGAGACCCAGAACGCUCAGGUGCAACCCAAGUCCUCGGAACACCCGCAGAAGAGCCCGAAACAUAAACAAUAUAAGGAACUAACGCAGUUUAAGACCGUUGACGACGAGGAGUCGUCUCCCAGACAUAAGGACAAAUACAGAGAGAAGCGGAAAAGUAGUGAGUGUAAAGAAAUACGCAAAGACGGACAACAUGCGUCGAACAGAGAGAAAGAUCUAACGCCUCGUAAAAGACGUAGUUAUGGUGAUAAACCUCAUUCUAGUCAGCCGGUAGUCGAGCUUGAGGAAGCUAGACCGAAGCCGCUCUCCUUCGUUUCAGAACAGCCAAAAACCGAACCCAAGACUACAGAGUCAGAGAGUGCGAGUGUGUUAGCUAAAUCGGAGCCACAAGUAAUAAGUCAAAUCGAAAAAGUGCCUGAAAGUGGAGCGCAAAGUGAAGCGAGCAAAGCAUCUAGUCGCGUUAGUGAGAUCGCGGUGAGUUCGAUGACUUUCCCGGACGCAAACGCAAACAUGCCACCUGAAGGGGUCCAGCGACUCCCGGGUCCUGGAGCGGUGUGUGAGGCUCGCGUCAUUCAGACCAGUCAAACCGCUCGCCCAGUUCCAGGACAGACCGCUGGGGCAGAAGACGGCCUGGAAGAAGACGAAGAGGAGGACGAGGACGAGGAAGUAGAAGAGGAAGAAGAGCAGCUUCUCCGGGUUACCUACGUGGAGAACGGGACUCCUCGGGUCGACAUGACCAUUCUGGCGCCUGAAGAAGUGGAAGAGGACAGAGCUACUGACGUAAGGUCGUCCUCGGAGGAGACGACAACGGCGGAGGGAGACCCCAUGGAAGAGGACCAGUCGCAGGGGUCGUCUGAAGACGGCGCCACUGAGAGCUUCAUUGAAGAGGAAGUCCUAUACGGCAGACCCACAAAGUUCUUCCUGCAUGAGGUGCGAGACCUGGACGAGGGUGAGGAGGAACUGGAAGCUGCGCUGGACCGUUGGCUAGCAGAGGAAGACCGAGAGUACAUAGAGGUGGAGGAGCCAGAAGAACCCGUCGAGAUGGUCGAUUCUUGGUGUCAGGUAACUGAGGAAGAUAUUGAACGGACGCUGGCGGAAGCUGGGGUCCACUUCAUUCCAUUCCUACCGCACCGUCAUCUUCUGCCUACCCUGCAGGAGGAGCCGGCGGAGGGCUGCGAGCCGACGGAACAGAUGGAACCCAUGGACCAUUUGGACACCGUAAAUGUGACGGCGACCAGGGGCGGGUCAGCGGUACUGGAGGAGCCCCUACAGCCCUUCAGGAUAACUGACCACACUGUUCCGUCAGCCGACUCCGUCUUCCUUCAUCCUACUCGAGGUGAUCCAGCUGGAGAGUUCAAGAGCAGUUCCCGCUACGAGCAGAUGAUUAAAGAUCCAAACUUCACCGCCAAGACUCAUUACUUCGCCAAGAGGCUGGAGGAGCUUCAGCAGCUUCACGAGUUCUACAGGAACCUGGCCAAGCAGGCGCCGCGGGGCAGGACUUCGGUUCACUCUCCCUCAGCCAAGGAACUGACGGAGCUAAGUGAAGACGAGUCCAGCGUCUCUGAAGGAGGCGAAGAACCUGAACCGAAAGUUUUACCUCAGCCGUUUUUUAGUCAGGAAGGAACCCUCACCAGCAUGAAAAUGGGAGGGGAAUAUGAAUUCAGCUGGAAGUCUCUGUUGCCGGAAGAGAUCGACGUUCAGAGUGAGACACAUGAGGAGAAAAUGGACGGAGAUGAGACUGCUUCGGAGAUUUCCAAAGACCUCAACGAUCCUCUUUAUGAUAUCCAGAGCGAUAUAAUGCCAUAUCUUCCGAGCAACUACGUCAGUUUAACGACCCUAAGUGCUCUCAGGCAACCUGACGGAGCCUCGAAUCCUAAUCUCAAUGGAGAGUUAGCACAUGUGAAGCCUGAGGCUGUUACCGUGGCGCCAGAUUCCUCCGUGGCCUUGACGGCGACGCUGCAGGAGAGACUUCCUGGCAAUGGCGCUUCUCUCUCCGACGACGAGAGCAACGUGAAGCAGGUCAAAGUCAAGAAAGAUAAACGGAAGAAAAAGUUAGGGCUCCUCUCUAAGUCCAGCAAGUCUUGUGUUUACAAGGACGAGGCCGAGUGCGACGAGGGCUCCACCCACAGCAAACUAAGUUGGAGUCGUUUUUUUGGCAGUCCAAAACACAAAGGAUCCCCAAAGGAUAACUCCAAAAAAAAUAGCAAAUCUAAUUCUAAAUCUAACAACAAAUCUCCAACGUCUUCCGGCAAAGGCUCGGAAAAGAGCGACAAAAAAUCGCAGAGGGAGAAGGAGAGAUCGAAAGAUUCCAAAACUUCUGGGUCCAAAGACAGUAAGAACAGCAAGGAGGGCAAGGCGGGCCACUCCCAGGACGCCCACUACGCCCUGGACGCUAACAAACAAGCAGACAACAAGAACGCUAAAGCUUUCCAGAAAUUAGACUCUGAUCGGUCAAAUGGUAGUCUUAAGAGCAAAUCCCCGGCCCGCAAGGGCUCAGAGAGUAGGAGCAGUCGAAGCGGAAGGCGAGAGAGCAGAGAACAGCCGCAACAGUCCCAGCAGCCUUUACAGCCUAUACAGCAGCAACAGCAGCAGCAGCAACAGCAGCAGCAACAGGGUCAGCGGUACCAGGGCUUCCACUGGGACUCGCCACUGCCUCCCUUCCUGCCGGUGACCACAGCCGCUAUUCACCCCGGCUACGACUCCGGGGCGGACUCCGGCGUCGGUCUCAAGGUGAUGCCGCGCGCGCGACGCUCCAGGGGAGAGAGUCGACACGGUGAAAGCUCCGGUUACGAGUCCGUCAUUCGGGACUCUGAGUGCUCGUCCUUCGGCUCCUCGCAAGACUCCGGCCUCGACGAUGACGGUCUCAAGGGCAAGGCUGGAGGGAGAGGGAGUGAAAACUUAGCUGCCGGGACAGCCAAAACCAAAGAAACACCACAAAUACGUUCCAAAAUAUUAGAAACCCAUCCCAAAAGCGUCCAGAAGACGCCGUAUCCCUCAGGAAGCAGUCAUUCCCAUUCCAAAUAUCCACCAUCAAAAACACCCUCUGGCUCGCCCCUGAGGACCCAGAAGCCGACAGCCACAACAACAGCUCUUGACGCCAGGGCGUCGUCCGCGAGCGGCAGUGGCGCCAGAACCUCUUCCUUUCGCGUGCCUGUAGAGGAGUUCGACGAGGAAGACGUGGCGAGGUACGAGAGCCACAAGACCGAGGAGGACAUCGCCAAGUGCCGCAGAACGCAGGAGAAGAUCCGGGCCCUCCGAGAGAAGCAAGACCAACUGAAGCAGGAGCUGGAAGCAGCAAAGAAUCGCCUUAUGAUCGACAAAUCCAGGUGGAGCUUCGAGUUGCACGUUGAGGAGUGCAUGACGUGGCGAGAUGACGGCUAUGUGGAGGCCCUCCAGCAGGAGACCAUCAUCCUAGCCAAGCGGGUCAUGGCUGCCCGGAGCCGCCUCCUGCUCUCCACAUGUUUCGACGCCUCCCCUACCCUCCAGGACCGAGAGUUCUGCGAAGGCCACGACAAUGAGGACGACCAAGAUUUUCCUAUAGAUUUCUUAUCACUUGCUGGCAAGGACACCUAUCAUGGAGCCUUGGGCCGGGACCACAACUUGUCCGUUAUCAGUGAAGAGGAUAUGCAAGAAGAUUCAGACAAUGAAAAUAAGGUUAAUUAUUUAAAUAUGCCAUUAAUGGGAGAAAGGACACAUAACGAAGAACCAGACUCACGUUUGAUUGUCGAGGAUGAAGCAAUUGAAGAGGACAGUCAAAGAGGAGUUGAAAUGGACGACGAUAGAGAGGAAAGUAGAAACUCAGUAUGGAAGAUAGGAUUAGGGACGUCCACGUUAAAGGGUGAACGUCAAGAUACCUGCGAAAAUAGCACUGAUGUUGUUGUGGCCAAGAGGCAGGAAACUCCACCGGGCAGUAGGAUCGGGUCGGGAGUGAGCAUCGGAGAAGGCAUCAAUGUAGAGGAUUGGCGCCGUUUAAAGGAGUCUUUCAUUCUCUGACUGCAGGUUCACGGUGGAUUUGUUAGUAAUUUAUAUCAGCUAAUACUCAACUCAGCUGGCCAGCGAAGUUGCUUUGUGUUUUACCCCUCAAGCGUGUGUUAAAAAUAAAUUUAUAUAUACAUACAUCCACACAUCAUA